AUGUCGAUAAAGAGAGCAUGUCCUACGGGGUGGAGCAUGUUGUUUGAAGUUGAUACAGCUGGAGCAAGAGCUCAAACGUGUUGUCGUAAUUGUGAGUGUUGCUUUGGAGGUUCUGGACAUCGACGUAUGCAGGCAAAGCAGCAUUUACAUGGGAAAGAACUACUGGCUUUGUUGGCCAAAAAUCAGCAGAAUGGGCCAGCGAUUAAGUACAGAUUCUAUACAGCUGAGACUUUUGUUGCAGUAGUUGUUAUUGAUUCUGUUUUAAGUAUGACGCAUACUCCGUUGGAGUUGGAGUCUUGUGUUGGUGAUUUGUUUUUGUUUUAUGUUGAUGCUUUUUUUAUUUCAAAAGUAUCCAAACUAUUGUCAAAAGAUAACGGUGAUGUUUGGGAUUGUACUGCCGCAACUACAAGUGUAUCGAUGGCAUUGCUUGAAGUUAUCAAGAAGAAUCGUUUUAGUAAGAUCCUCAAGAACAAUAGCAAAAGGCUUACCAUAUUAUUUUUUCACCCUGAUUACAAUGAGGCCCAAUACGUUCUCACUGCUUUACAAAACAUUCAAAAAGCAAUUUCAUCAGCCAAUUUACAAGGCCAAAUCAAGGUCUCAAUAGCAAUAGACAUGACUUUGAUCGGUAAUUCCUAUCCUCCCAAGGAUGGUGUUUUUACUGACCAAGCAAAGUCAUAUAUACAACCAAUCAUCAACUUCCUAGUGAGCAAUGGAUCACCACUUCUUGCAAAUGUGUAUCCGUACUUUGCUUAUAUCGGAAAUGAACAAAACAUUCAUCUUGACUAUGCUCUUUUUAAUCAGCAAGGAAACAAUGACGCUGGUUACCAAAAUCUCUUUGACGCGCAGUUAGAUUCAGUAUAUGCUGCACUUGGGCAAGUUGGAGGAUCCAGUUUGCAGAUAGUUGUGUCUGAGAGUGGAUGGCCGUCUGCUGGUGGAGAUGGAGCCACAACUGUCGACAAUGCUUCCACAUAUUAUAAUAAUUUGAUUAAUCACGUAAAGAGUGGGAAUGGGACUCCGUUGAAGCCUGGUACAGCUAUUGAGACUUACUUGUUUGCCAUGUUUGAUGAAAAUUUAAAGACUGGUGCAUCAACUGAACAACAUUUUGGUCUAUUUAACCCUGACAAAUCACCUAAGUAUCAAAUAAGUUUCAAUUAAUUAAAUAGAUAAUUCAAAGAAAUAUGUAACUGAAUAUACAAAUAAUUGUGCCAGUGUGUGCACAUGAUAUUGUGUUUGCAUGUUCCUAUUUAUAUAAUGAGUUGAAUAAAUGAA